GCGGAGGGUGGCUACCUUGCAGCCUGGCCUCCUUUCUCGAGGGUCAAGCUUUAAACUUCGUGCAUUUGCAGCGACCCUGCUGCAGGGCCCUGGGUGCUUGCAGCUGUUGCAAACGUGCUCCUGGCCGGGGUUGGGGGACAAAGGGCGUGGCCACGCUCCAGUGUUCCUUCUCCCGCCUCUGAAUUCCCGGGAACGUUCUGAAAAGUAUCCAAAAGUUCUGCGCCACGCGAGCCAAAAGAAAAAGAGCACAACCCCCACCACCAACACUUCUGGCGUGGCUUGAACGGAGCUUGCCACUCGGGCUGCACCUCCGGCUGGGCGCACACUCCUGCUGUGCCUCCGGCUCCGGACCCUCGCCGUGGGCUGCCCCCUUCUCCAAGCGCGCCAGCCAGCGGGAGUCUGCGCUGCUUCUUGGGCCAACAUGCCCAAUGAAGACUCUUACGGCAAGUCCUCGGCAUCGUCCGAUACCCCGCACGGGACACCGGGCAAGGGCGCCGGGGGCUUCGGUAAAACGGCCGGGGCGCAGCUAGGGGCUGCGGCGGACGGCUCGGGGGCCGGGGGCAGCGGCGCGGCGUCUGGCCCGGUCGCCUCCGGCAAGAAGUCCCCACGGCUGCCUAAGUGCGCUCGCUGCAGGAAUCACGGCUACGCGUCGCCGCUCAAGGGCCACAAGCGCUUCUGCAUGUGGCGGGAGUGCCAGUGCAAAAAGUGCAACCUGAUCGCCGAGAGGCAGCGCGUGAUGGCCGCGCAGGUGGCCCUGAGGAGGCAGCAGGCGCAGGAGGAGGAACUGGGCAUCAGCCACCCCAUUCCACUACCUAGUGCUGCUGAGCUGCUUGUCAAGAGAGAGAACACUGGCAGCAACCCGUGCCUCAUGACCGAGAGCAGCAGCUCCUCUCAACCUGCGCAGGCCAGUGCCCCUACUACUGUGGCUUCAGAGGGACGUAUGGUCAUCCAGGAUGUUCCUGUUGCAACCAGCAGAGGGCAUGUGGAGAACACACCUGAUCUCGUUGCAGACUCCGCCUACUACAGCAGCUUUUACCAGCCACCUCUGUUUCCAUACUACAACAAUCUGUACAACUACCCGCAGUACUCCAUGGCCUUGGCUGCUGAUUCCUCUGCUGGGGAUGUGGGAAGUACCCUUGGGGGAUCCCCCGGGAAGAACAGCCUUCGGAGCCUUCCAGGGCCUUAUGUGCCUGGUCAGACUGGAAACCAGUGGCAGAUGAAAAACUCAGAGAACCGCCAUACAGUGAGUUCCCAGUACAGGAUGCAUUCUUACUAUGGGCCUCCCUCCUACCUCGGCCAGAGCAUGUCCCAGAUCUUCACUUUUGAGGACGGCCCAUCUUACUCGGAACACAAAACAACUGUAUUCUUGCCGUCCAGCAGUCAAGAUUCUGCCUUGGUUUCCCUCUCCAGCAACUCUCCUAUAAGUAACGAAAGCACAAAGGGGGUUCUGGAAUGUGAGGCUGCCUCCGAGCCCACCAGCUUCACAGUCACUCCCAUAGUCGAAGAGGCCGAGUGAGCAGUGUUGGAGUUGAUAGUUCACUUGGAAUAUCAGGCUUAUUCCAUUAUGCACAGGGUUUGUUGUUAUUCUGUAUUGACUUAGGCUGACUUAACUGUUGAGAACGUGUUUGGUUUAUAUAUUCCUUUAGAAUUUAGUCCAAAGCUAGAACACUUGUAACAGUGGGGUUUCUGACUACCAUCUGCAAGAAUUAAGAGCUUUGCUCACAGAGUUUAAAUACUAGUGUCCCUCAUGUUUUUUUUUAAUUGACACUGGUUUACAUGCAGUAGUCAUAGAAAUACAGUAAUUUACUCAAGUAAAGCCAGAUAUUUGUCUAAAUUAGUCACAAUUAGAUACUACUUAGUUUUAAAAUGAAAUCUUAGGUGCCUUAGAUUUUAAAAAUUUAAGUAUGUUAAUUAAAUUGCAAAAAUAUAAAUUUAGCAAAGUACUGUACUUGACCAGCAAGAUGAGCAAACAAAAUUACUGAUUAUUUUAGAAAUCUGCAGAAGGUCAAGGUAAAUGGAAAUACUGUGUGUUUGUGUUGCUGUUGGAAAUAGCUGUACCCCAUUCCCCCCAAAUCCUGAACUGAAAUACAGUGCUGGGGGGACCUAAGGCCCUUUAGAAUUGCUACUUUUUCUGUAAAAGAUAAUUUGAAAACGGUAUAAUUUAAUUUAACCCGGGUGAGGCAGAACUCCUAGGUGUUGUUUCUAGAAUGAGUUUAACAUAGUUUUUCUACUACAGGAAAAAAAUGGAUGCAGUCUAAACUAUUUUGUUACCUUAGAUUGUAAUCUGAUUUGGAAAUAAGUACAUCUUUACAAGUUACUACUGUACAGAUUUCUGAGUUCAUUGUUUUGUUAAAAAUUGCUUAUGGAGUACCUCCUUAUGUAACAGAAGCCAUCCUGAAAUGAAACUAGUCUAAAAAAAAUUCAUUGUUUUGUGUAGUUGCAGCUGUACCUGAAAUAAAAAUGUUAUUGAUGA